AUGCGGGCAUCACCGGCAAGCAGCACAACAACGCUUGCGCAAUCGUUUACCAAGAAGCAGCAGUACAGCUCAGUUAUCGACGCGACCAUGGUUGAGACAGUGAAGACCGGCGAGCGACUCAAGCACCUGCGGGAGCUGAUGGCGGAUCCCAAGUACAACGUCACGGCGUAUGUUGUGCCCAGUGGAGACGCGCACCAGAGCGAGUACGUGGGGACGUGUGAUGAGCGGCGCGGGUUCAUUUCGGGAUUCGACGGGUCGGCGGGAUGCGCUGUUGUGACGAUGGACAAGGCAGCGAUGUUCACUGACGGGCGGUACUUUUUGCAGGCGCGGCAGCAGAUGGACGACAACUGGACGCUGAUGAAGCGCGGGCUGCCGGGAGUGCCGACAUGGGAAGAGUACCUGACCAGCCACCUGCCGGCGGGCACGCGCGUGGGUAUCGACCCGACGCUGCUGUCGGCAGCCACGGGCAAUGAGCUGAAGGCAGCGCUGAACAAGAACGGUUCGGGAGAACUGGUGGCAAUCCCCGACAACCUGGUGGACAUUGUGUGGGGCAACGACCGCCCUGCCCGGUCCACCAACAAGGCAUUUGUGCAUGACAUCCAGUACUCGGGUGAGGCUCGUGCCGACAAGGUGCAGCGCGUGCGGGCCGAGUUGGACAAGCUGGGCGUCGACGGGCUGGUUGUGGCAGCACUGGACGAGAUCGCAUGGCUGUUCAACCUGCGCGGCAACGACAUCGCUUACAACCCGGUGUUCUUUGCUUACGCGCUGGUGACCAAGACAGACGUCACGCUGUUCAUCGACGACUGCAAGCUGGACGACAGCGUGCGGCAGCACCUGCAGGGUGUCAUGAUCAAGCCGUACCAGGCGAUCUUUGGUGAGCUGUCAGCCAUGGCAGCGUCGCUGGCGGCCGACAAGCGCAAGCUGCUGGCAGGCGAGACGGCCAGCUGGGCGCUGGUGCAGGCGCUGGGUGAGGACAGUGUCAAGGUCGACAAGUCGCCGGUGACCCUGCUCAAGGCCCUGAAGAACCCGGUGGAGCUGGAGGGUAUGCGUCAGAGCCACGUGCGCGAUGGAGCCGCCAUGGCCAACUACUUUGGUUGGCUGGAACACGAGCUUGUGUUCAACGGCGGCCACCUGCGGCUGUCGGAGGUCGACGUGGCCGACAAGCUUGAGUCGCUGCGGCGGGCCCAGAAGGACUGCGUUGGUCUGAGCUUUGACACCAUCUCGUCGGUGGGCGCCAACGGCGCCAUCAUCCACUACUCGCCCAAGCGCGGCUCCGAGGCGCUGCUGGACAUCAACAAGAUGUACCUGUGCGACUCGGGAGGCCAGUACCUGGAUGGUACCACCGACGUCACGCGUACCAUGCACUUUGGUACCCCCACUGCCUGGGAGCGCGAGUGCUUCACGCGUGUGCUUAAGGGCCACAUUGCGCUGGACCGCGCUGUGUUCCCGUCGGGUACCAACGGCUAUGCGCUGGACCCGCUGGCGCGCCUGCCGCUGUGGGAGCUGGGUCUGGACUUCCGCCACGGCACUGGCCACGGCGUCGGAUCGUUCCUCAACGUCCACGAGGGCCCGCAGGGCGUCGGCAUGCGCGAUGCGUACCUGAGCGCUGGCUUCCAGCACGGCAUGACCAUCACCAACGAGCCCGGCUACUACGAGGACGGCAGCUUUGGUAUCCGCAUUGAAAACACCUGCCUGGUUGUGCGCACCGAGACAAAAUUCGACUACUCCAACGGCCAAGGCUUCCUGACGUUCGAGCCGGUCACCAUGGUGCCCAUCCAGAAGAAGCUGAUCCAGGCCGGUCUGCUCACUCCCGACGAGAUCAAGUGGCUUGAUGCCUACCACGACAAGGUCUGGCAGAAGGUCAGCCCGCUGCUCGAGGAGGGCAGCCUGGGCUACGAGUGGCUCAAGCGCGAGACGUCGCCCCUCUGA